GCGGAGGGCAGGCCAUCAGGCAGCUGUCCAGGACACCCCACUGCCUGGCAGGUGACACUGCCCUGUUUUCCUGGACCCAGGCUGCUGACUCAGGAACCCCUUCCCGUCCCGCCCCCCUUCCCCACGCGGGCGCCCCCAGGCGGAAGCACCAGGCCAGCAGGAAAGGGGCGGGGCAGGGAGGCUGACCAGCCCCCCCAUGCUAAUGUGAGGUGUACCCCAGUACUUGGGAAGCCAGGAGUUAUCCCAGCCGGUAGCACCGGCGAGGCACUGCCCUGUGGGUGCUGUGAAGCUCUAGGGCCGGGUGUCCCGGCCCCAGGCCAGCCGUCAGGGGGGGCAGAUGCGUCACCAUCGCCCGCCCCCCCCCCCCGCCCCUUGCCCGCCCAAACUCCACCCCAGGGAAGGCGGCGCGGAUAAAGGCUCAGGGGCCGCCCGCCUGUCCCCAGACCGGCACGGCCACCUCUCACCACGACCUGCACGCAGGUCCUCUGGAGCAGUGGUGACCCAGGACCUGCGGCUCGGGAUCUUGCGAGCGGCGGCUGCGGCUGUUGCUAAGGGAAGAGACGCGCGGGGUAGCACGACCCGAGAGGAAUCCAGGCACCGUGCGGACCGGGAUAGCUCGCCCCCCUUCCGUAGGACCCCCCCCCUGCGCCGUGCCCAGGUCGCCGGCCUCCGCCCUUGAAGACACCGGACCGCAGACCCCACCCCGGGGCGCAACCCAGGGAUCCCACGCGACCCCGGCGCACCACUCGGAUUCUCGCUCGCCUGCUCGCCUGCUCGCGUUGGGACCUUCCCCAAGGGGCGCACGCACCGCGCCUGUCCCCGAGCGCCCGCGGAGCGGAGGAGGACCUCGUUUCGGCGGGGGAGUCCCGGCGAGGAUUGGAGGCGACCCGCGGACCCCAGGCCCCCUGCGCUCGCCGGGGAUGGAGCCGCAGCCCGGCGGCGCCCGGAGCUGCCGGCGCGGGGCCCCCGGCGGCGCCUGCGAGCUGAGCACGGCCACGGAGUCGGCCGCACCCAUGACCCUGGCGAUCCACAGCACCACAGGGACUCGCUACGACCUGUCGGUGCCCCACGACGAGACCGUGGAAGGGCUGCGCAAAAGGCUGUCCCAACGCCUCAAAGUGCCCAAGGAGCGCCUGGCCCUGCUGCACAAAGACACCCGGCUCAGUUCGGGGAAGCUGCAGGAGUUCGGCGUGGGGGAUGGGAGCAAGUUGACGCUCGUGCCCACGGUGGAAGCUGGCCUCAUGUCCCAGGCCUCGAGGCCCGAGCAGUCUGUUAUGCAAGCUCUGGAAAGUUUGACCGAGACUCAGCCCCCAGCGACACCCGGGCCAGGCCGGGCUGCCGGAGGAGGCUUCCGGAAAUACAGAUUGAUUUUAUUUAAGCGUCCGUGGCACCGACAGGGACCCCAGAGCCCAGAGAGGGGCGGCGAGAGGCCCCAGGUCAGCGACUUCUUGUCAGGCCGCUCGCCCUUGACUCUGGCCCUGCGAGUUGGGGAUCACAUGAUGUUUGUACAGUUGCAACUGGCCGCCCAACACGCCCCGCUCCAGCACCGCCAUGUGCUUGCCGCUGCCGCCGCCGCUGCCGCCGCCGCCCAGGGAGAUGCCGGUGUAACUACCCCAGUGUCCUCACCCUGUAGGCCGGUGUCCAGUGCCGCCCGCGUCCCCCCGGUAUCCAGCAGCCCUUCACCCGUGUCUCCCUCACCCGUCACCGCCGGCUCCUUCAGAUCCCAUGCAGCCUCCACAACCUGUCCUGAGCAGAUGGACUGCUCCCCACCAGCUACCAGUGAUGCCACGUCAACCCCAGGCAGCAGCCCCACCCCGCGCUCCCGCAAACCCGGUGCCGUCAUUGAGAGCUUCGUGAAUCACGCUCCCGGGGUCUUCUCAGGGACCUUCUCUGGCACACUGCACCCCAACUGCCAGGACAGUAGUGGGCGGCCGCGGCGGGACAUUGGCACCAUUCUGCAGAUACUCAAUGACCUCCUAAGUGCCACGCGGCAUUACCAGGGCAUGCCACCCUCGCUGACCCAGCUCCGCUGCCACGCCCAGUGCUCACCUGCCUCACCAGCCCCCGACCUCACCCCCAAAACUACCUCCUGUGAGAAGCUGGCAGCCACAUCCCCCACCUCCCUGCUCCAGGGCCAGAGCCAGAUCCGAGUGUGCAAACCCCCUGGAGACCGUCUGCGACAGACAGAGAACCGCGCCACACGCUGUAAAGUGGAACGUCUCCAGCUCCUGCUGCAGCAGAAGCGCCUGCGAAGGAAGGCCCGGCGGGACGCUCGGGGUCCCUACCACUGGACCCCCAGCCGCAAAGCCGGCCGCAGCGACAGCAGCAGCAGUGCGGGUGGAGGUAGCCCCAGCGAGGGUGGAGGCUUGGGCCUCGACUUCGAGGACUCCGUCUGGAAGCCUGAAGUCAACCCGGACAUCCAGUCCGAGUUCGUGAUGGCUUAAAGGAUCCAGCCCCUUGGGUCUGUCACAUCCCCACUCCAGACACGGGCAGGUGGGGCACCACAGCCUGGACGCUGAGCAGCCCAGCUCUGGGGGGCAGGAGGUCACCUCCAUCGCCACUCACCAGCCUUUCUGAUUCUUUUUUAGCUCUUCCCCAAUUGUCUGCCCUGCAUCCCUGGUCACAUGCCCAUCUCUUUCCUCCCUCACUGUGGUCGGUUCUGGUGGCCUCUGCACCAGGGCCCUUCCCUCCUACCUUCUCCAGCUCCAAAUAUGUAGCAGUCUGUUCCCAGAUGGCCCAGACGGAGGAAGCCACCCACCCCCAGCCCUUCCGUUCUGCCUAGCUCUCCCAACCCCCCUUCCAUAACCCGAUUCAGGUUUUUAACUCAAAAUGUAGAUUCUCCAAGAAGCACUUUACAGAUGAGGGCUGGGGACCCCGAGAUGGGUAUCCACCACUCCACCCCCACCCUCAUCUGCAGACUUGGCCUCCAUUCCAGGAGGCCAGCUGGAUCCCCCACCCGUCCCACCCUGAGAAGCUCUGAUGAGGCUCCCAGGGGAUACCUUUGUCCACAAUGCCCACUUAACUCACAGCCUUCCUCCUGCCUCAGUCUCUCAAGUGCUACAGCAACAGGCCUUUGCCACUGCCUGGCUGGCCCUGCUCUUGCCACAGAAGGCUAGUUAGGUGGAAAAUGCUGAGGCUGGGGGUUGGUCAGGUGGAGAUGCUCCUCUUCCUCACAGGAAAGGACAGGCCUCUGGCCACCUUGUAUGGACACCAGGCCACUGUCCCCUCCCUCCCUCCCUCCACACACCCACUGAUUUCCCUAACCUUCCUUCCCGAUGGAGCUUGGGGACUAUUUAUAGAUUUCACUUUUCUGACUGAGCCAGUAGUGGUUGAUAGAUAGUCUGGGGGGGGAACUGGGGUAGAUGGGGGGGGCAGAGAGACACCCCUGUACCUCUUCUCCCCAAGCCCAGCUUGAGGUGCGACCUCACCUGCAGCCAGGGUGGGGAGCGGGGUGCUGAGCUGUGACUGCAUUAACCCCGCCCUGGGGAGGGCAAGCUGCUGGUCCACAUUGGCCUCAAUGAUCCAUGGGUGACAGCCCUCCCCUCAAAUCGGGGCCUCUUCAACAAGGGUGGAUCUCGUGGGUUUGAUUUUUCUCCAGAUGUUUAACUUUCGUGCUAAUGGGAUGUGCCCACCCCCAAGGCUGUCACUUGUCUGGGCCCCACCUGUCCGAACUCCUUGUUAGUCUGUGAACCCCAGGCGUCUGCCCCCGACCCCCCCCCCCCCACUGUGUUUACCCUUAAUGGUUUGGGAUGUGAACAAGUGUUGGCUGUAGCUGUAAAGUUUU